AUGGCCAUCUGGAGAGACAUUGCACAGGGGACUAAGGCAAUAAUUCACCUGGGCACUCGUUCAACACCACCACUCCACUCUCCCACUACUCCUCCUACUCAGCCGACCAAAAUGGUUGAUACUCGGCCAAUCCCGACCAUAAGCGAUGAGCACCUUGAGCUGCUCACGGACCUACGGCUAGCUCGAUCCAUCGUUCGCCGGGCUGGGAGGAUCCAAGCGCGAGCCGGGCUUAUUCGAGACGAAUACUUCGCGAUCCGCAGACUUCCACACGCACAGUGGCUUGAGGCGCUGAUCCACAAUAUGCGGGUUUUGGAAGCGGAGGAAGAGGCCGCCUGUGAGCUCGAGACAGAGAUCUGGAGCAACCUUGGCUAA